AUGGUAGAUUCGUUAUUUUCUUCUAUUAUAGAUUUAUUAUUACUGGUCAUUGCCGUUUUGGCAGUGACGGGGAACGCUUUUGCCGAAAUACGCGAAAUUCCAACAAAAUGUCCAGAAUCUUCAGGCAAAACCGUACAGCUCGCUCACAAACACGAUUGUACCAAGUUUUACGAGUGUUCCAAUGGGCAGAAGCAACUUUGGAAUUGCCCAGAAUUUGCCCCGGGACAGAAGCUACAUUUCGACCCUGAACUUCAAAAUUGUACUUUCCCAUGGGAGGCAAAUUGCGCGUCAAGGGCUCCGGAUUGUUCAACGGACGAAUUCAUACAACCUCAUCCCUCCAACUGCAGAUUAUAUUACAAAUGCGAGAACGGGGAGAAAGUCUUAAAAAUGUGUGACGAGGGACAGCUAUUUAAUUUUGACUCUUUAGAAUGCGUAGACAAAAAUGCCACCAAGUGUAAAGUUUACGAUUCGUGUCCAACGGGCAAAUUGUUGGAGACUGUACUUCUCCCACACGAAUGUAAUUACAAAUACAAAUCUCUGUAUUACGAAUGUGUCGAUGGGCAAUACGUUGAAAGAGAUUGCGCGUCGGGUCAAGUGUUCAAUAAUAGACGCAGACAAUGCGUGUCUGACGUCUAUUGUCCUGAAAACGGUACUAAAUAUAUUCCUGACAAGACGGAUUGCACUUUGUAUUACGAAUGUGUGAAUGGUGUUAAAACACAGAAAACGUGCGAAGAUGGAUUAUCUUUCAACGAAAUGAAAGGUAUGUGUACUUGGCCACCGGGCAGCGAAUGUUCUUUGAACUUGUUCAAACAAACCGAGCUGGCUACAUCUUUUCUACCUGACGCAACCAAGGAAACUUUCAUGAUGAAAUGUCCAGCGAAUGGAAAUGCGUUCGUGCCUCACGAACGCUCUUGCACCAAAUAUUACGCUUGCGUGAACGGACGUCAGUUUAUUGAAAAUUGUCCGGACGGUAUGGUAUACGACUAUAUUAGAAAAGUUUGUGAUGCUCCGUAUGCUGCCGUAUGUAAAAAUAAAAUGACUCAUUAUAAGAUUCGAUUGCGAGGUAUAGAUUCAAAUUGUCAUUAUUCGAAUGAUUGUCCAACAUAUGGUAGUAAACGCCUUAAAUAUGAAAAAGAUUGCAGGUUGUAUUACGAUUGUGAAAAUGGCUACAGAUGUCUUCGGUCGUGUCUUAAAGAAUACGUCUUUAAUCCAUUAAUCGAAUCGUGUGAUAUACCAAAGAAUAAUCCUAAUUGCUUUACUUCAGGCGGCUCUGAUCCAUCAGAAGACGAGUGUGAUUGUGGUUGUAAGAAUUGGAUUCGUCGUUUCCCUAAUCCCAAAAAUUGUUCUCUAUAUUAUGAGUGUGAAAAUGGUAAGAAAGUGUCAAAGGAAUGCGCUCGGGAUCUUCAAUACAGUCGUGACAGUCAGAGUUGUACCUAUCCAAAAGAUGCAAAAUGCAUCGUCUCCGAUUGCGAAGAAGGAAAGUUUUAUCAUCAUGACUACGAAUGCAAUAAAUAUUACGUAUGUCGCCACGGUGAGAAAGAAUCGCAGUACUGUCCAUCUGGGCAAAAAUUUGAUUGGAUAGAUUUGGAAUGCAGGCCAUCAGGCAGGGUUCGCUGUUAUCCCGAAGGGAUUAUGGAUGGCUGUGAAGGCAAAUGUUCGUCAACAGAUACCACGUUGCCCCACGAAGAUUGCCGCAAGUAUUGUAAAUGCGAAAAUGGAAACUCCAAGAUUGAAAUUUGUCCUAACAAACAAUUUUACGAUCGGGAAACACACAAAUGCGAGUGGCCAGAAAAUCUGCGUAACGUGUCGUGCGAACCUUUCCCCUGCUGGCUUAAUUCUACGGGAACCAAUAUUCCUCAUAAAUGCCACUGUGACAAAUACUACAGAUGCAGAAACGGAAUGAAAUAUCUUGUAUUCUGCAAGGACGGAAAAUACUUUGACUAUGAACAAGAAAGAUGCGUUGAUAGCGCAGAAGCUCACUGCUACGCGAAUAGCCCAUACGACGUUGGGGAAUGCGCCAAAAUCUAUUUAACUCACAACAACUUCGUUCACGAAAAUUGCACAAAAUACUAUAGGUGA